AUGGAAAAUCAGAAUCAAGAACAACAAGAGGAGCAACAACUCCAACAACACUCAAUGAACCCCGCCACCAACCUCCUCUACCAACCACCGUUCACCACCCCUGUAUGUUCUUCUUGCUUUAACAACAACAUGAAGCGAAGAUCACCCUCAUCCUCUGCCAUUGCCACGCUUGAAGACCCUUCUUAUGGUGGUGGUGGUGCUGCCACCACAGAACACCGAGCAACCAAGAAGGUUUUCCGUGAGCAACAAGACCUCACCACCAACCUCAAUGGUUUCUCUACCAUUUUGUUCCCUCAGAACACAAAGCCAUUAUGCCAUGCAGCCACCACGUUUCAUUCCCCUGAGGACCAUGCAAACGCUGUUACUAGAGCUUCUAGUUUGAGUCCUCUGCCUCCUCAUAGUGUUAAAGGUUAUGUUUGUGAUCCUAAUCCUAAUUCACCUGCUAGAACCUUUUCCCCUUCCUCUCAAUGGGGAACUAAUAAGGGAAUGAUUUUGACCAAGGAAGAAGCUUCUGAUUCAAUGAGAAUGAGAAGAAUGAAGGAAUGUAUGAGAGAGAUGAGAAAAUGGUGGGAUGAAGGAAUGAGGCAUGAGGAUGAAGAAGAUGAACCUGAAGGAGCUGAAGGUGAUAAAGUCCUAUCUAAGGAUAAGUGUGGAGGAGGUGAAGAAGAAGCUGUGAGUCUAGAAUGGGCUGAUAAGUGCCUAAGCAUAUGUUUCAAGUGUCCUUGUAGCAAAGGCUAUCAGAUUCUUCUAUCUGGAAACAACUGUUACUACAAGCUUGUUUAA